AUGUUGUCUUGUCGCUGCCUGCUGCGCGAAGCAAUGACUGACGAACGCGAAAAAAAAAAAAUUGUUGUACAUCGCGCGUCUGUGCUUAUGACGAUAAAGCGAGACCACGUGGCAUUCUCGCUCAAAGCUGACGACGCGUCAACUUGCGACAGGCAGUUGCAAGUGACGAAGACCCCUUUCCUCUCAACAAAGCCCAGAUUCAUCCGUCGCUGUCUUAUUUGUGGGGAAGCCAUGCCAUCAGAAAGUCGGCCAUCUAUGGCCAUUGUGCCGCCUGCGCACCUUCCACGCACACAGACAGAUGCACAUUCGACUUUGCAUCCAGAGACGGGAGUGCAUGAUGCCAUGCGGCAUGGAUUGCGGAGUAUGCGUGACGAAACGGCUGCCUCUGCAUUUCAUCCAAUUCAGCAUCGUCUUGAAAACUGGGAUGAGACGCAAAGAAACUGGAAAAUGACUAUGAACAGGAACACGUUCGGUAUGGGCAUGCCGAUGCGCAUGAUGAUGGAACGCAAGUUUGUGUCGAGUAUCCCACCCAUGCCUGGUCGUCGUGUCGCGAAUCUGCAUUUAGAUGUACUUGAUGGACGUGACGAAGCCAUUGAACCGGUUGACUUUCUACCCUGUACGUGUGACGAGUACUUGGAUGAUAAGCACUAA